AUGGAACAAUCAUUAUUUAAGGAUCCAUGGAGGACUUUGCCAGAGAGCACAUUAUGUUUUCUAAAACAAUACAAACCCAAAAACGAACGAGCGACACAUCUCAGAAUUCUGCUUUAUGGACCAGUUGGUGCUGGAAAGUCCAGUUUCAUCAACUCUGUUGACAGCGUUUUUCAAGGCAGAGUUACGGAUCGAGCACCAACGGAUGCAACAUCUGGGGACAGCUAUACUCAAAAAUAUAAAAGUUACAAAAUCCACAAAGACCAUCAGAGCUUCUACAAUUUCAUUUUCAAUGACAUUGUGGGCUUAGAGUCAGACAAAGGAGUCCAAGUGGAGGAUGUGAAACUGGCCCUGAAGGGACAUGUGAAGGACGGAUACAGGUUUAUUUCUUGUCACCCACUGAAUGAAAACGACAUCAACUACAACCCAGAUCCCACUCUGGACGACAGAGUUCAUGUCCUGGUGUGUGUUGUUCCCGUCGGCUCAGUGUCUAUACUGAGCGAUGAAGUGGUGAAGAAGAUGAGAGAAGUCAGAGAGGCAGCCCGUGACCUGGGAAUUUCUCAACUGGGGAUACUCACCAAACCUGAUCAGGCCUGUCCAGAAGUGAAAGCUAAUAUAAAGAAUCUCUACACAAGCAAGCGCCUGAAGGAACAGGUCGACAAGUUCAGCGCGUUGUUGGGUUUUCCUCCGAAGAGCAUCUUUCUGGUGAAGAAUUACAAUUCAGAAGAUGAGACCAGUGAUGACAUGAACGCUCAAAUACUGAUCGCACUAACAAAGAUUGUCAGGUUUGGAGAAGACUUCCUUAAUGACCAGUAAAGUGAUCUAAAAAUGAGCAAGGCAGGGCACCACGUAACCACAGUAUCUACUGAUCUACUAAGAUGUGUGAUCAACAUUAUCUAAAUAAAAACUAUAAAACAAUAAUACAAAAAACGUUAAAAAAAACAUUGUUGUUUAUUAUUAUAUCAUACGUAAUAACUACUUGGGUUAUUAGAAAUAAUAGUGGGGUGUCAUACUUAGGUUUAUGUUAACAUUAUGUUUUAUCAUUGGGUCAUGUUUUAUGUUUUAUUACCUUUUAUAAAGUGGUUUUAUGUUUGUUCAACACCUUGUUCAAUUCUAUGUUGAUUCCAGCUCUAUAUAAAUAAAGCUUUGAUUGACUGAUUGA